GCCCGCGUAGCUCCACCUUCUUGUGUACGAAAUCCGCACGAGCGAAAAUACGUGCUGCAUAGCACGUGCACGCUCGAAGCCACCUGGUCCCAGAACACUGGCUAUGUUUGCGGCUCUCGGCGGCUGCGUGUUUUUCUGUAUGACUUUCACAGUAUCCGCUGAUCUGUCACACGUGAGCGGUCUCCACCAAUCGCUGCCAUUCCUGGGCUGGAAAGGAAAGGACUAUUGCGAUGGAAGCGACUGGACAUAUACGAAGCCGCAGUGCGCAAAACAAGGUGACAUGGCUACAACUAAAGAGGCGAGUGAAUGGGAUUCCAAGUACAAGCAGUGCGGUGAUAACCUCCAAUCUCCUAUCAAGAUUAGCUUUAUGCAAACCAGUUUCAAGAAUUUCGAACCAAUCCAGUUUUCCGGCUACGACGUGCCCUUCACUUUCUUCGUGGAGAAUGGAGGAAAUGCUUUGUACAUAACGCCACAAGAGGCUGACCUGGAAUCUUACGGAGGACCUCUGUCAGUGCGCUACAAUCUCUCCAAAGCGGUGUUUCACUUCGGAAACGGAACGGGCCACGGUUCCGAGCACAAGAUAGACAACGAAAUAUUUGCUGCAGAGCUGCAACUCCUGAUCAGCUCGGAGAAGCCGACGUCUGGUUCUUGCUUCCUCAAAGGAAAUGGAGUGGCGAUCUUUGUCAUAUUAUUCAAAUGUUCCCGUUUUCAGCAACGCUCGCAGUCCAACCCAUGGCUGGACCCGUUCAUCAACGCCACCGAUAAUCUUCAGUACCGUGGGAACUGGACAAAAAUGGUGAUGCCGCUGUCGCAUUUCCUGCCCAGCACAACUCUCGACUACUAUCUCUAUGCUGGCUCUCUGACAUUUCCUCCUUGCACGAGCGGAAUCACUGUGAUUGUCUUCAGCACUCCAGUUCCCAUAGGAGACUCGCAGUUGAUGAAGCUACGAGGGAACCUCGUUGUGUAUGUGAACAACUGCAAGAAUGUGGUAUACGGAAACCUGCGAGAGACGAGGAACCUCAGUAACCGCGUCGUCUACCGCUCUUUCAAGUUCAUCGAUACCAGUGGUGCGACUGUCGUCGUUGGUAGUAGUGUCAACAAGGUGGUCUGGAUGACACUAUGGACGCUUAGCGUCUUCUUGCGAUAUACCCUUGGCCGAUAACGUCAACACGAAAUUCUGACGUGAUGCAAACGCAAUAAAAGCACGUUACAAUACAGUAACGUGAUAAGUAGG